AUGGCAGCAAUGCUAGUCCGUAGUGCAUCUUCUUGUUCAUCACGUUCAUUAAAAUUAUUUACUUUUGGUUGUACAUUAGCUGUUGUAUUAAUGACUUUUCAAUACGAACAUAAAUUAUUAUUAUUUAAUUCUCCUCGUCUUAUGCUUACUUUACCUACUUUGAGUCUCAUUUCUGUAUGCGGUCUUGGUGCUGUUUUAGUUGGUCUUCUUUAUCCAAUGCUAAUGACUUCUACUGAUCGAACAUCUAUAUCUACAGAUAAUGAUGAUACUAUGCAAAAAUCUCGAAUUUGUAAAUCAUUAGUAAUAUUUGUUGGUAUCAAUCAUUUAUGUGCCAAAAUUACAUUUCAAAGUGAUCUUCAUUUUUCUAUUACAGUAGUCUUUUUAUGUAUAGCAUUUUGGUGGUGGUUUGAUCGAAGUAUAAUUGGUUUUACUUUUUCAAGUAUUGUAUCAUUUACAUUAACAAUGACUACAGAAAUUUUAUUACGUGCUGGUGCAUUAAAAUAUACAAAUUCGGAUUUUUAUUUAAAAACAUGUGUACCUUGUCUAACAUUUGCUGGUGCUAUUCUUACUAUACAAAUAACCAAGCUUUUAUCUCAAGUAUAAGAAAUUAAACCAAUAAUAGAAGCAUUACAUGCUAAUGUAACAGUAACUAGUGGACAAAAAGCAAAAUUAACAUGUAUAUUUAGUACUACAAAUCAUGAAUUAUCACUUUCAUCAUCACAUCAAUUAAUAUGGAUUCGACAAAGUUAUGCAUCACAUAAUGCAGAUUCAAUAUUAGCACAUAAUCAAGAUUUAUUAAUAAGUGAUUAUCGUUUAAAUAUUCAACGUUCGGAUUAUGAUUAUUCAUUAACAAUAACUAAUGUUAAUAUUGAUGAUGAAGGAAUUUAUACAUGUGAAGUUAAUACUCAACCACCGCAAAAAGCAUUUGUUCAUUUAUAUGUUCAAGGAUUACAAUUAUUUCAGAACUAUGAAUAG